UUGGGUUUUUCGAGUUGCGAGUUUGACCGGUAACGUUCAUCCAUGAACUCAAUCCGCGCGCUCGUUGCUGCGCUUGCAGUGCUCGCCUUGCUCAUCCAAGCCAUUCGUGCUGACUUGGAUCGCCCCGCUGCCGACCAUGCUCACGGCCAUGUUGACGAGGACGACGCUGUAGAGGACGACGCGUUGCGAACGGGUGGCUGGGAAGACCUCGCCGCGACCGAUCCGUGGGCCAAGCACGACUGGCUCGAUCUGCUCACGCCAGGUGCCUUAAUGUCUGGAUGGUCCCACAAUCCCAUCGCGGGCGUGUUGCUGUCGGCGGAUGCUGCAGAUGCGCAGAGUCGCUCGCUCGAGUCGAGCUCUGCCACCGUUGUCGUUGUUGCGCAGGCCGAUGCAAACCACCAACAAACGCCUGAGCUUGGAUGGAGUCAGCAGCAGGAGUUGCCAGCAGUUCAAGACAGUCUGCAGGCUGAGCGAGCGACGGCUGCGGAUUUCCCAUUCAUCUCACCCGCUCAGAAGCGAUUGGCACACCUCGAUGUACUCGCUCGGCCGGAUUUGCUGUUCAGCAAGCUGCUGCAUCCAUCAUUGCAUGCACACAUUCAUGUGGUGCUUGUCGGAUUUGAUGUGCAUGAAAUGUAUCGAAACUUGUCGCCCGCGUUUGUCGACCUCGGCACCUUUGAACGCCUGCUCAACGUGAACCACCACGAGGGGCAUUGGUCGGCACUCCAUGAUUGUACCAGCAAUGUCAGUCGAACGAACAGGCACGGCCACCUCCGACCUGCAGACGCCUCGACGGAUUGCCGGUAUCAACCUCGAAAUCUCACCACCCGAUUUGUCGCGUCCUACCAUGUGACUGUGGGCGAUGCUCAGCUCCAGAGUGACAUUCGCCAAGCCCGUGAUAGUGGACCGGAGAGCGUCAGUCAAGUCCUCUUGCGGCACCAGCAGCAAAACGGCCACCCUUCGCUGAGCUUGUAUCUGCUGCAUCUGCCACCCGUUCCACCAUCGACCCACAAUCUCGAAUGUGCUCCCGGGCUUCUUCGCGAGACCAGUAGCACCCAAGUAACCUGGGUGGAUCUCACCACCCACGAUGCCUGGAAGGGCGUUGUCGAGGCAGGCGGUAGCUUGAACCUGAGCGACGUGCCUUUUGUGCUCCCCUCGCCGAAAAGGCGGACAGAAUCAGUGCCAUAUACCCAUCGUCUGAGCGAAUUCGUGGCAAUGGCAACCAACGGGUGGCUAAAAUCGCCCGUACAGCAGGUUCCCAGUCCAGAUGCCGAGUCGGUCGUGGUGCACAUUCUCCCGAUGGGCAUGGCGGCACCGGAAACGCUCGCGGCAUUGCAUCCAAUCGUGGCCCGUGAUGCGGUUUGGCUGCAAACGCGUCUCCAGCAAAUAGCUCCCCCAGGCCAGAUCAUCCGCGUCGAAUGCCACAACGCGACCGUUGUUGGGUUGGGCCAUGGCAGCCAACUCUCUCCUCAGCCGUGUUUCAACGAUAAGGCGUUGUGCCUCCGACCAGAUGUUACUACGAAAGUGGCUCACGGCGUACUCGACCAAAUGCGGCUCUCCUCACGCAGCGCGGGCCGGCAUAAUGCCGAACUGGAGGUCUUGGUGCCACUUAUUAUUCCUGAUUCAACCGCAACAUUACCAAUCGUCUUUGACUCUGGGGCGUUGACUCAAACCGACUGGGCACGCCAGACGGUUGUCGCGUUGCGGUUGAACGACGCCGCCGGAGGUGAAUUCUUGCCUGAUGGCCUCGUGUGCUCGCCUACCACCCGUAGAAUUGAGCUUCGUACAGCCGCGGCGCAAACACGGCGCGCUUUGGUGCGUGGCGUUUCCGGGUUGAUCUGGGGCGCUCCGUUCGGCGAAUCCUCCCUUGCAGAGUUGGAAGCAGACCCCAACGGCUACAUCUCCUCUCACACGAUGUUACACUCGUCGCUCGCUGGCGCUCUGUCGCCAGGCACAGGCGAAUCUGCCGGGUCUGAAGCCGCGACCGUCGUUCGAUCGGUCUACAUUUCGCAACUCGAACAAAGUCUCACGGACAUCAAAGACUUGGUUGAAGAUCUCGUGGAUCUCCACGUCGACCUUGCCGAUGUAUUUGACAGCGACCAUCAGCUCGUCUACGUCCAGCGAUGGAACUUGUUGCUUGCCAAAGUGCAUCACUCGUUGCACCGUGCUUCCAUUGGGGAGAACCGGCACGCCCUGUACUUGCUUCGCUCGAGUCGCCAUGAUUUGGAAGGUUUGCACAGCCUCAUUCAUGCUGCCAAGAGCGCCCUCGCCUAUAUUCCUGCAUAUGCACGACAGCGGCAAUGGAUGGGUAACCAAGCAGCCGUCCCUCUUCAACAGCAGCUGGCCAUCACUUUAGUCGACUUGCGGACCUUUCUCUGCACACUUUUGGUGCUGGCGUUUGCGGUUGCGGCUAUAAUGGCUGGCACAUCGCUCUCGGUCGCACCAACAAGUUCCGCUGCUGCCUCUCACUCUCCAGCCCCAAGAACAACCCAGCAGCUGUACAACGAUAGUUUGCCGGAGCCUCUGUUCUCUGCAUCGCGAUCGUCGUCUUUGCUGCUUCCCUCAACCUCCAGCAUGGCCGAGCUGCCGUUCACCGUGUCAGCUUCGGCUCCUUCUUCGGCCUCCAGUCCAGCCGUAGUUGCCCGUUCCGGCUCAAACACUCCCACCACUCAAUCUCCCGUCGUGUCCCAGCUCAGCUUGGAUUCGUUUGUUGUGAAUCGCCCUUCUGGGCGGCGCUUCAAAGUGAAUUAGAUCGAGGAUUUGGGGGGUUUGGAAUUUUGAAGUUGCAAGGUUUGUCCCCCUUGAGUGAUCUCUGUCGCUUCCUCCUGUGUUCAUCCUGUAUUUUAAUUCUAGUUUUUAUUGCAUG